AUGGCUCAUCAGCUGCGCUGCCGCUCCGUGCUCAUCACCGGCUCCAGCCGGGGCAUCGGACUGGGCCUGGUCCGGGGGCUCCUGGCCGCCUGCCCCGCGCCCGACUUCGUCUUCGCCACCUGCCGCUACCCGGAGAAGGCGCAGGUAGAACCUUUCUUUCGUGACCGCAACCGCUUUCUUUCCUUGACUCCAGAUGUGGUUUCCGAAAGCAGCAUCAAGAAAGUGGUCAAAGAAGUGGAGGAUAUCGUCGGGGAUAAAGGGUUGAAUUGCCUGGUCAACAACGCUGGUAUCAACGUGGUGGCCACCCUGGAAGAAGUCACGGCGGAAACCAUGCUUCGCAUCUACGAGACGAACACCGUUGCCCAGCUGAUGGUCACCAAAGCUUUUCUCCCCCUGCUGAGGAAAGCCGCCCAGCAGAGCACUGGGAUGGGGUGUCACCGCGCGGCCGUCGUGAACAUGUCCUCGAUAUCGGCUUCCAUGGAGCUCGUCCAGGCCGAUGACUUCCGGAUGGUGUACCCUUACAGGAUAGCGAAGACGGCACUGAAUAUGAUCACGAGGUGCCUCGCUGUCGAUUUGGAGCCGGAUGGAAUCCUGUGUAUCUCUCUGCACCCAGGCUGGAUUGAAACGGAUAUGGGAGGGAGCCUGGCUCCCUUGAAGGUCCAGGAGGCCAUUCCCGGGAUCCUCUCUGUUCUGGCACGUCUCAGUGAAAAAGACAACGGGAGGUUUCUCAAUGGCCAAGGGGGGACCCUCCCCUGGUAGCAGAGAGGCACGGAUGCCGGAGACCACAA